UGAGGUGGAACAUUAUUGUCCAAACUGCCUAUAGAUAUUUGGUUUUAAAAACUUUGAGCCACUUUAUUUGGAAGAUUUUGAUCAGUUUGAGCUUUAGUGUCUGCUGUUGUCUGUUUCUGAAAAAAGAGGCGGGGAACGGGGUGGAAAAAAAAGAAGAGAGAAAAAAAAGAGAAAAAAACCCCUAGCUUUCGUUCAGUGUUUCUUCGGUGGCAGAAGUAGGCCUACAAUCCGAUAAUAGCGUCUCUCUGGUAGCAGAAAGAAAAUGAAACGCAGAAAUAACCGAAAUGUUACAGAGACAUACUUUGAGGGACAGCAUCUGAGUCUGUCGGACCUAAAAGAAAUGGAGUUACAGCAUGGAUACCUGUAUAAGAACAAUAUCCCUGCUUAUCCUGAAUCUGUGGAGUUCUGUGUUCAGAAAGUGUCUCAUGUCACUGGAGAAAGUGGUCUUAGGGCUAUUUUUCUCGAUUCAGGGUUCAGACAGCCAGCAGACCUGGCCGCUAAUGAUCAGCCCCAUUUCCUCUGGUGGGAUUUAGCAGUCACACCUGAUGACAUAUACUCAGCUGAGGAGCGUUUCCUCACAUCUUUAUUCCCUCAUCGAAGUUCUGCCCAAAUUCGCAACCAGCCACCCGUCCUUGAGCACUUCACCAGCUCAAAGGCAUUCCAGGAAAAAUCUUCCUAUGGAAACUUCCGCUUCAUCUUUUCACUUAAAGAGCUACUCUGGCUCUAUGGUGAGCAGUUCUGUGGUAACAAAAGUCCAGUUCUGCGUAUGUAUGAGACUGUGCUCUACCGACGAGAGAUUCUCUAUAAUGUUGUAGUGCAUCCUCGUGACAUAGAUCUUUAUGACAGUUAUCCUCGACUGCCCAAUCAGGAGGACGGUGUGUGUGGGUACCAUGAUGGGGCUUUGUGGUGGCGCUGUCAAGCCCCCUCUGAAACCUACAAGCUGAAACUUAAGGUGAACAAGCUGAAGUGUAGCGUUAAUGUGAGCCCCCACAAAGAAGAAUACUACGUCUGGGAUCAUGUGUGUGUAGCUUUCCACAUGGAACCGGGGUGGGUGUUGAACGUGGACCGGAACAGACUGUUAAAAAGGGUAAAUGCGUGUGAAGUGUCUCAGCCGUGUCUUCUGAGACCCCCGGAGACUCCAUUGAGUUUAAACGAGGCUGAGUGUGUACUAGCUGAUCUUAAGGCCGAAAUGGGCUAGGCUAAAACCACAAACCAUAUAGAUAUUAGCCUACAUUCACAAGGAAUAGCAAACAAAAAUUAUGCUAUGCUUGCUAGAUAGAUCGUGUACACCACUUGCCUUGAUUAAACAGCUUACAUACAAAGCCUUACUUACAAAACAGCAAAUUUUUCAGUGCCAUAUUUUUCAAUCAGUGUUUAAACUGUUCAGAUAUAUAUAGAUUUGUAUAUUUCAUAUAUAUUGUAAACUUUGCUACAACAUUACAAGUAAACUCUUAGGGUGAUAAACCUAUGCAACAGUUAUUCUAACUAUCUGGUUGCAGCCUGCUGUUUUUGGAUUGUUUGAUUAAUUAUUAAUGUGCCUUUGCACUGAUCAGCAUUAUUAAAAGGAUAGUUCAUUAGGGCUGCACGAUAAAUCAUAAUGAAAUUGUGCAAUCGCGUUUAGACAGAAGCUGUGAUUGUCAUGCGUAACUUUUAGUGAAGCACGGUUCUGUGAUCAGCAGUAAUUCUCCAUCCGAAGGCCAUAGGACACACAACUAUGGCAGUAUAUGGUUUAUCUGAGUUCUUCUUAUUAUAAUUUUCAUUAUAAUAAAGUAUAUCUUUAAUGCAAGGCUAAUCGACAUAGCCUUUAUCAUGCCUUAGAAACUAUGAAACAUGUUACCUGCCUUAUUCUGUGUAAGAAGUCACAUCAUCUCACAGAAUGAUUUAUUUUAAAUACUGGGCUGCCAUUAUAAAGUGAGUUUGGAGUAAAAAUAUGUUAUUAAAUGUAGUGUUUUCACGUGCUUGCAGAUGGAGCAGCAUUUACUACACAGAGCCAUAGUUCACUGAGAAGGUACGCAAACAGCUGUCAUUAUCGAAACAAUUUAUUUGAUUUCAUAAUCGUAUAAUUAUAUUCUCUGUUGAAAUGAAAAUUCUGUAAUUAAUUACUCAUACUUACCUUUGUUCAUCUUCGGAACACAAAUUAAGGUAUUUUAACUGACCCCUUUCUGACCCUGCAGAGACAGCAACGCAACUGAAAUGUUCCCAGACCCAAAACAGAGUAAAAACAUCAAUAAAACAGUCCUUGUGACAUCACUGGUUCAACCUUAAUUUUAUAAUAUUAUGAACCAUGACUUGGAUUAGAGGAAAUUGUUUAAUAAAAAAAUUACCAAUGUCCUUACUACGUUUCUGGACCUUGAGAACAUUUCAGUUGUGUUGCUAUCUCUGCGGGGUCAACAAGCUCUUGGAUUUAAUCAAAAAUGAUCAAAAGUAUCUUGAUUUGUGUUCUGAUGAUGAAUGAAUGUCUUGUGGGUUUGGAACAACAAGAGGGUGAAUAAUUAAUAAUUAAUUUUUGGAUGAACUAGCAUUAAUUUUAGCAUUAAUGUAGAUGCCCAGAUAAUUAUAUAAACUUUUAAUAAUAUAUAUAUGUUUUACAUAUAUGUACACAUUGUAUUUACAACCUCUACCAUUUAUUGAGUUAUUUUGUACAAACAAUUUUUUUUCUUUUUUUUCUUUUGUACUUCUAAUUUUGUCCACCCUCUAUGUUGGCUAGCUGGUUAAAUCGCUUUAACACAUUUUUUCUAAAACCUUGCUGAUAUUUUCUGUCAUUAUUAUUACUUUGAUUUUGAACUGUAAUUGUUUUUCUUUUAGGUAUCUUUUUUUGUUUAUUAUUAUUAUUUUUUUUUAGAAAUGUCAUAUUUUAGCCUAAUAUACUUCAAUCUAAUGUCUAAUUGCACUAAAAUGUCUUUUCGUUGUUUGAAUCUGGUCUAAAUUUAACAUUGAUCGUAAGUACAUUGAUGUUAUGUAAUAUCAAGUUGGUCUUUUGCUAAACCAAUAAAUAUGACUAUACCACA